AAACAAUCAUGGAUUUAAGCAGCUACGAUCCUAACAAAGGACAUACAAGGUUUGAAGCAAGCAGAGAGUAUGUGGAUAGCAACAAAAAGUCUGCCCAAUAUGAAGCUCUCCUUGCCAAUAAAAUGACUGAAUUCUUUGGGAAAGGGAAGAGAAUCACCUACCAAGAGGCUAAAGAUUUCUUAGAUUCUAAACUUAAGCAUGAUGGAACCUAUUUUUCGGAUGAAGUUCUUGAAAAUAUCUUUAAAAAUGUCGAGGCCGAUGCAGAUUCAAGGAUCUCUAUCGAUGAUUUCUGCAAUAAUUAUGUUGGAGCAGCAAAUUACCUCCUAAAAGAGCUAUUCAAUACUAAAGAUAAAUAUAACGAUGCUCUAAGAAUGAAGAAUGAAUUUGAAUCUGAGUAUGACCAUGUGUGUAAGACAGAAAAAUAAAAACAAAUUCGGGAUCAUGACUGAUAGUGUCUUGACUGUGACCGUAGUGCAAGCCAAAGAUUUAAUUCCUAUGGACAAGGGAGGUCUUAGUGAUCCUUACUGCAUUUUAGAGGUUGGAGAUAGCUUUAUUGAAACCACUGUUAAACAUAAGAAUUUGCAUCCAAGAUGGGAUGAAAGUUUCACUUUCAAUAUUGAAACCGGGAAUGAAAUACUUAUCGUUACCGUCCUUGAUCAAGAUAGAGGUAAAUAUGAUGACUUCGAAGGAAAAAUUGAGAUUAAAAUAAAAGAUCUAUAUGACCAAAGACCCUUGAACGAGUGGUACGACCUCAAGCCUCAAGAUGGAUCUGGCAAAUGGUGAGGAAGAAUUAAUCUUAUUCUGAAGUGGGUUCAUUCAAGAAUCGAUAUGCUCAAAGACUUAAUUAGAGAAAAGAUAGGAGAGCUGGAGGUACUCGAAGAAAAUAUUAAUUAUUACGAAGAAAGAUAUGUGAUGUGAGAAAAUAUUAUUCUUGGAAAAUCAAUGAACACAUCAGCGUUUCAUUCUGCAACUCCACAUAGUGUAAAUAGGACGUCUUUUAAUGAUACUUCAAGACUAGAUAAGACAUCUCAAAAGCUUAAUGAUUUUGAUCAUUUAACGCUAGCUAAGCUUGCAGGAAAAGUCUUGGAUAGAGAGCAUAGGUGGGCUUUGGCUGUAGAAAACACCUCAAAUAAAUUAUCAAGCAAACUUGGUUUUGAUCAAACUCCUUGGUACUUAUUGUUUCAGAUUUUCACAGCUGUCUACUUAAUAACGAUACUAUUGUGAUUAAUGAUAAAGCCAGACUUUGUUAACCUCACUAUUUUGGUUCUUAUUGUAUUUUGAUUUGCACAUAUCACAAAAGUGAGGCAAUGGCAUUUGAGGUUCAUUGCCUUCUUCCUCCUUUCCUCAUGGGCUUACGAUCUUGUUUGGCUUUUUAUCAACACAGGAGGGUACUGGAGCUCACAGAUUUAUGAUGGCGAUGUUGAACUAGGUCUAAGAAGAUUUGCAAUCAUGCUUUCAUACUUCAUGGUUAUCUUUAAAAUAGUCUACUUUUUAGUAUUUUGGAAAGUCUCAGUAGAAUAUAAUAGGUUCUUCUCAGAGGACUUUACAAUGGAUGGAUUUGAGACAAGCGAUAGAAAAGUAUUUAGCAAGGAUGUAACUCCACAGAAAAAGAACGCCGUGAUGAUGAACCCUUAUCAGCCAUAAAUUCAGUAAAUAAAAUAACUGUUUUGAUUUGAUUUAAAAUUAUGCUAAAUUUCAAAAUAAA